AUGGCGGAUUGGGGUCCAGUUUUGAUCGCCGUGAUCCUCUUCGUAGUUUUAUCGCCGGGACUUCUUUUCCAGAUUCCGGCGGGAGGUCGAGUUGUCGAAUUCGGUAAUAUGCAGACGAGUGGAGCGUCGAUUCUCGUUCACGCUAUCAUCUUCUUCGGUCUCAUCACUAUCUUCACCAUCGCCAUUAACGUCCACAUCUAUUCCGGUUAA